GUUUAACUUAGGACGACAAACACAGUUAGUUAGUUGUGUUUGCCUUACGUGUGAAACUAACCAGACAUACAAUAUCUCGUUACCUCAAAGCCCACCCACUCAUAACUCAUCCAAAUUAUUAUUCAAUCUCAAAUCCAACAACAAUAAUUCAAAUCAAUAAAUACACAAAUUAGGUUUACGCAACUUUCAAUUCAAUUUCAAUUCAAACCAACAAUCUCAUCUCAUCUCAUAAUCGCCGCCAUCAACCGUCAUGGAUCAUCAUCAACACUUCCUCCACCAUCAAGACCACCGUACACGAUUCGCUCCUCCACAUCUCCUCCCUCAACCACUUCCUCAUCCUCCUCCUCCACCUAUCUCUUACCGCACCACCACCCUUCCUCAACCACCUUACAACCCUCCUUUACCUCACCAAUCUUCUCAAUUCCCUAUUUACCAUCCAGAUCAUCAUCCCCCUCGCCGUUUCAUCAUUGAACCCCCUUGGAACCCUAAUCCCGAAGAUCGAUCCUCCAGAAUCGAUUACCACCGCGAAUCGCAUCACCACCAACACCAAAACCACCGUCCUCAGCCUUCUUAUCCACCACCUAUCCGUUACGAACAUGAAAGAUUGAACACCGAAGGAAACCCUAGGGAAUCCUUCCUCUAUCGCCAACACGUAACUGCCGCCGCAUCCGCCUCCACAUCGAAUCUGGCUUAUCAUGAAUCCGAUGACAGAAUCGAUAACAGAAGGUGGUUGAAUGAUAGAAAACUACACAAUUCUUCACCUCCUCAUUCACCUUCUUUUGAAUUGGUGAAUGAUGGAAUAACUGCACGAGAUUAUCAUAGUUCUGAAACCGUUAGGUUUAAUGGUGGUAGCAAUAGUAGUAGAUCCAAUAGUAGAGAGUGUAAUCACAAUCACGGUCGAGAAUUCAGUCGAACACCACCCAAGAAACAGAUUCAAAAGAAGAGUGCUCUUCUUAGAAUCCAAACGGUAAAACCUAAUCGGAGGAACCGUGAUGUUGAACAACGAUAUGUUCCUGAUUCUAAAGUUAAUUUCUUCAAGGGUAAUAGUAAAGAUCAACGUGGAGGUUAUACAAAGGGUGGUGGUGAAGAUAGAAAAAAAGAAAACCCUGUUGAAGAAUUUGACGUUUCUUGUGAAUCAAGUGUUCUUGUGGCUAAGCCGCGUAUUGUCACUUCCGGUGCAGUUUCUGGUAAACUGUCUUCUGUUGUUAGAACUGCGAAGGAAGGCGAUGCUUCAGAGAAGAAUGUAGGUGAUGCUUGUGAUCCUCAUGAGAAAAAUGGGGGGGAAGUUUCUGUUGAAGCUAGUGGUACUAGUAUUCUUAAAUUGGCCUCUAAGAUUGUGAAGAAGAAGAAAACUAUUAAAAGAAUGGUGAAGAAAGGUUCUGUAAAAUGUACUAAUCCGGGUGUGUCGGCUUCACCUUCGUUGGCCAAUGAAGUUGGUGGAAUUGUGGAAGAAAAUAGUGUGGCACGGAGCUCGUCCAAUGCUGCAUCUGGAACUGUUGAAACUGAAACUUGUUUGGAGGAGAAAAUCAAUGGUGUUGAUAAGGUGGCUGCGCCAGAAGAUGAAGGUGAUGCAUUGGAUGAAGAUAUAAAGGUGGGUUUGUCCUUGCUGAGUUCGAAGCCAGAAAGCAGGUCACAAGAAGGUAAGAACAGUGAAGAUUCUGAUAUUGGGAAAGAACCCAGGUUUGAAAAAGGUGGAAGUAUUUCAGAUACUCCAUCUUGUGUUUCUAGUAUUUUAGGUAAAAGUAGUUGUUCUGAUUGUUUAGAUGUGUGCAAUUCUGUUCAUGACUUGCUUAGCAUGACAAAUAUUGACAAGGCUACUAAGUCAUUAAAUGGAAGUACUUCUGAAAUCAAUCACUUGGAUUGUGGGAACAAGACAUUAUGUCAGAGUGAAGUAUCUCUAUCACCUGCGGAAAAUAUAGAUGUAGGAUGCUCAGGGAAUAGGAAUCUUGUAGACGUAGGGAAUCAAAUGAAUUACAAUGCCAUUUCCGCAGAUAUCGUAAGUACACAGAAUUCUGCUGAUGAUAGUGUUUACGGCUUCAAUUCCAAUGAUCUUACAAGUUCAGAAGAGAAAACUACUGUUAAUGACAGUGGGAAUAAUGACAUUGAUGGAGAGGCCUAUUGUGAAAAGAUUGCUCCUCUGAUCAAUCAAUAUUCUACAUCUGAAGAAAAUUCAGAUACAGCCAUCCCUUUGUCAAGUAGUAGAAUGGUUGCUUUUUCAAGUUUAGGAGAUACUAGGAUUCAGGAUGGUCAAGAUAGCCUACAACAUAUCAGUGUACUGAAGCAGGGGUCUGAUGAUGGAUUGUCUAGUUUGGAAGAGGGUAUCAUUGUUCACCAAUUUGAUAUCAUUAAAGAUGCUGAAAAGCAAGUGUCCCCUGGUGAAGUUCCCUUAUCUGCUGAGAAUUGUGACAUAGAUAAAACAUUUCCGAAUUCUAAUAUUUCACUUGGAUUUGAUGUAAGGGAUACAAGUAAGAUAGAAAAGAGAGAUGUUAAGACUCGUUUAAAUUUUUUGAGUUUGAAUUUGGAUGAUAUAUCUCUUCCUCCAGUUAACCAUUCAAAUGAUACUGAUAGAGGCUCAACAAUUUUAUUGAAGGAUCCAUGUGCUUCAGAAGUCUUGGAUGAUUCUAUUCAAAGCCUAGAUUUUUACUCGCUAUCCAACCAGGUUGGGGACACUGCUUUACAUGGGAAAAGGGCAUUUUCAGAGGCUGAGUUUUGUGUUGCAAAUAAUGACAAUGAUGAUGAAAAUGUUUCUAAGAGGAAAAAAGUCACUUCUAGUGACCCAAAUUUAACUCAAUUUCAAACUGAAUUUAGUGCUUCCAUUGUGGCUACCGCAUCUACUGCAGAAGUUCCUAUCAGUUUCAGUGAUAGACAAGAACAUAAGAAAGAUGACAUUGCAUUGUCAAGCAUGGGUAUGGAUAUUCAGUCUAAGGCCCAGUCUAUGCCUUAUUCGGGUGAUAUUGCUAAAUCGUCUGACUGUAGUUUCACUGGAGGAUCAUUUGAGUCUACAGAUGUAAAUAGGGAAACCAAGAGUUCUGAGCAUUUGGAAUUGCAAGUCUCUACACAAUGUGAGGACUUGGCAAUUCCAAAUGUUCAGUUUUCAGAGCAGAAAGAUAAUGUUACUCCAAUCGUGGUUAUAAGUAAUACUCAAACUGACAUUUUGGUUAUUGGAAAUAUCAUGGGAGAAAAGACAGAUUCACAGGUUGCUGAAAACAAUUGCCAUUAUGGAGAUGUUGUGCAAAGGUCUCCAACGGCUGAUAUGCUCUCUAAUGAUCUCAAUAUGAAGGGUGAUCUACUUUCUCAGGAGAACCGUAUGUCCUGCCCUGCUGUUGGUAUCAGUAACUCAAAUAAUGAAUUACCCGACGGUUUGCCUGAUGCUUUAUCCGAUAUGUAUUCUCAAGGGAUGACAUCUGAAUUACCAGAUAGAAUGAUUACUGAAGCUACAGCAAUGGAUAUUGAUGAAAACAUUCCUGGGAAUGAAGAAAAUAUAGAUUUUGUAUCUAUGGUCAAACAUGGUUCUGACUCGGAUACUUCAUCAAAACAGCAUACUGAAAAAACUACGAAGUCAGAUCAUGCAAUUGAAUGUAGUAACCAAAUCUCACGGAAUAUAAUCCCAGAACCAACCCAAGUUUUUUCCAAAGUUACACCAUUUGGUCUAAAUUCAUCAUGUUUUGGAUUAAAUGGAAGCAAAAAUCAGCCAGGUGGUGUCAUCCUUAAAGCUUCCAAGGGUCCUUCUUUUCCCUUUCCAAAGUCAAAGUCAAAGACUCCCGCCUCUUCAGUCCGUGCAUCAAAAUCUCGAACGUGGCGUCGGACAGAUAAUAAUCCUCCCGCCUCUCUUCCUAGAGUCAAUCUUUCAGCAGAAAUAGUUCCUUCCAAAAGGCCAAUUCUCCAAAGGAAAAAUAACUUUCAAAAUACUUCUUACAUUCGUAAAGGUAACAGUCUUGUUAGGAAUCCUAGUCCAGUUUCUGCUAUACCUCAAAUAUUGUCUACCAGUUCUGUGAGACCUACUCCAGUUUCUGCUAUACCUCAAAUCUCCUUUAUCAAUCCGCUACCUUUGGGCUUAGGGGAAAUACAUAAGGGUACUAAACCUGAAAGCAGGGCUGAUUUAACAGAUCAGCCAAUCUACUCAAAAACAAAAGUAUCAAAUACUUCUCUACCCAUUGAUAUUAAAUCAGGGGAAAACAUAUCUUCCCCAUUGUUAGAACCUCCUUCCAGUGGCUUCUGUGAAAAUGUAUCUGGUCCUAGGAAGUUCAUUGAAACUAAUGAUGCAUCAGCCUCCUCUGAAGGUGUACUAAAACAAUAUGAAACUCCUGAAAAUCAAACUGGUCCAUCUAGCAAUGGGGAAUGUCAAGGUGAAGCAAAUGAUGGAAAUAUUUCUUCUUUGAACUCAAAAAGAAUAGUUUAUAUAAAGCCGAAAACAAAUCAAUUGGUUGCAACUUCGAGUUCUUGUGAUACUAUUGUCUCUACUGAUGACAAAGGCCAAACAGCCAUCUCUGAUAGCUAUUACAAGAGGAAAAAAAAUCAAUUGGUCAGGUCUACAUUUGAAAACCAUGUCAACCAGACAUUUGCAAUGCCCAAUAACAUUGUAAAUUCUGAUGGUCAAGGGGACAGUAAAGUACUUUGCAAGAGAAGGUCUACCAAGAGGCGGUCACAUAAGGGUGCUGGGAUUUCGAGAAAAUCUUCCAGAGCAUCAUUAGUGUGGACACUUGGUAGCAAAAAUUCUUCUGGAAAUGACAGGAACUUCUGGCACUAUCAAAAGGUUUUACCGCACUUGGUUCCAUGGAAAAGAACGACAUAUUUAAGAAGCUUCAUUAACAAUUCUGCCUCAAGCUUCAAUAGUGGUUCCUUAUCUCCAGUCGGUAAGAAAUUGCUUCAGUUGAGAAAGAGGGAUACUGUUUACACCAGGUCAACCCGUGGGUUUUCUCUUUGGAAAUCCAAAGUUUUAGGUGUUGGUGGGUCUAGUUUAAAAUGGUCAAAAUCCAUUGAAAAGCACUCGAAGAAAGCCAAUGAGGAAGCCACACUUGCUGUUGCUGCUGUUGAGAGGAAGAAGAGAGAGAAGAAAGAUCCAGCUUGUAUUGGUCCUCAGACAAAGAGAGAACGUAUAUUUCGUGUUGGUUCAGUUCGCUACAGAAUGGAUCCUUCCAGGCGGACACUUCAGAGGAUUUCAGAUGAUGAAUCCCUGUCCUCUGCCUCAAUCAAUUCAGGUUUGGCGUCCAAAAAAGGUUACAUUCCAAGGAGAUUAGUGAUUGGAAAUGAUGAAUAUGUCCGAAUUGGCAAUGGGAACCAACUUAUCAGAGACCCAAAGAAACGAACUAGAAAAUUGGCAAAUGAAAAAGUUAGAUGGAGCUUGCACACUGCCAGGCAGCGGUUGGCUCGUAAGCAGAAGUACUGUCAGUUUUUCACAAGAUUUGGGAAAUGUAACAAGGAUGAUGGAGGGAAGUGUCCUUACAUUCAUGAUCCCUCAAAAAUUGCUGUCUGUACUAAGUUCCUGAAGGGUUUAUGUUCUACUCCAAACUGCAAAUUGACUCAUAAGGUUAUUCCGGAGAGAAUGCCUGAUUGUUCAUACUUUUUGCAAGGCCUAUGCUCAAACGAAAGUUGUCCAUAUAGACAUGUCAAUGUGAAUCCUAAGGCAUCUAUUUGUGAAGGUUUUCUUAAGGGUUAUUGUGCUGAUGGGAAUGAGUGUCGAAAGAAGCACAGCUACGUCUGUCCAAGUUUUGAAGCAACAGGAACCUGUACUCAAGGAAUCAAAUGCAAGCUUCACCACCCUAAAAAACAAAGCAAGGGAAAGAAAAGAAAGAGAUCCGAUGAUCAGAACAGCGGUAGAGGACGCUACUUUGGUUCUAUUCCUGCUGAUGUUUCUGAACCUUGGAUUAUGGUGGCUCCCAAAUUUCCUCAACAGGAUGAGGAACAUGAGAGUGAACUAACUGACUACAUCAGUCUUGAUGCAUAUGAAGAAGAGGAAGAUGCGGCUGACCAAUCAUUUGAGCUAUCAACAUUUUGUGACAAUGAUACCACGGAUCUUCAGUUGGAUACUUCUGAUGAACUCAUCAAUCCUGUUUCUAUAAUAAUGAAAUUUGGUUUGCAAUCUCAGUCUAGAAGCCUUCAAGCUUAGGCAAGUGGCAGAGAUUACAGACGGUUUUAAAGGAGGUAAUUAAGGUAAAACAUAGUUCUCACACUUUUCACACAUUUUUCUGAAAAUUUUGAGCUUAUUUAUUUUUAGUUUCUCUACAUUGUACACAACAUAUAGUCAUUUUCCCCCACCCCCUUUGAUUCUUGUGUAUAACAUUGUACAAAAUUGUAUUACAAUUGGCAAAUAAGAGAGAAAAUUUACUUGCUCUAA